AUGAUUUGGAGAUUGAUUCAUUUUAGUGCUCUCCUUCUUGGAACAAUCGCAUCCCCAACUCCACCCUCCCCCCCCACCACUAACACUGACGGAGGAUCCUGUCGCAUCUACAACUCUGGCCGCUCCGCAGAUUGUCUGGGAAGACAGCUCGACAUUGUCCCGUCAAGACAAUUUCCAUCCACACUGGAAUACAUAGAUCUCUCCUACAAUGAACUACAAGCAGUCCAAUUUGACGACUUCCACCACCUCCCGCAACUUCGCAUCCUUCUGCUGCAGUACAAUAACAUUUCACACAUUGACCAUGACGCCUUUAAAAACAACAUGCUACUGGAGCAUCUCAACAUCUUCAAUAACUCCCUGGAGGAAAUUCCUGCCACAGCCAUGACUCCUCUCAUGAAUCUGAAAAAGCUCUACAUGUCCAAUAACCUUUACAAACAUGUUACUUUGGCUGAUAGCUUCUCCAAGUUUGUCAAACUCCAAGUUCUGUCUAUGGGGGGCCCUCUGGUGAUGGGUCUAAAGAAAGCUGAUUUACAGCCCUUGAAGAACAUCGGGUUACAAGGUUUUGCAAUUAAAUGUUCCUCCAAUCUAAAUUACUACGAGCCUGGAAGUUUAGAAGUCAUCCAGACAAAACAGAUGGGCUUUGACAUGGCCAUUGAUCAACUGCCAAAUGCUCUCCCUCACAUGCUACGUGACCUUGCCAACAAGACCUUCAGUGUCAUCCAAUUCCGAAACAUCUUUGAGUUCAUGUACUACAAGGGAGAGGAGGACAUUUUCCAGGGUUUAAAGGAUAUCACGGCCCACCAGCUCAUCUUUCACAGAGGGAAAUUCAAUGAGAAUCUCCUCAGGAUGGCUUUAAUGAACUUGGAAGUCGCCCCUGUCAAAAGGUUGAGACUUCAGUACAUCGACUUUGCCCGUUCACCCACAUUUGUUGACAGCGGAGCAGUUUCCAGCAUCACAGACUUGGCACUGGAUAAGUUGGAUCUUUGGUAUAUCAGCAACCCUGAUGUGCUGCGGUUUGACUGGCGAUUCACCUGGUUCAACAAAAUCAAGGAACUGUCUAUUCAGCACGUGUACUUCAACUUCGUGCCUUGCGAUUCCUGGAUUGAGAUGGAAGGUGUGGAGUUUCUGGAUGUUUCCAAUAAUCGACUACAGAAUGAGUUCCUCUUUAACCAACGGUGUGAUUACAAGGGCAGCAUGCCAAAUCUUCACACCUUCAACGUGAGCAUCAAUGACCUGACCAGUUUAAGAGACUUGUCAUUGCUAACAAGGGAGUUCCACCAGCUGCAAGUGUUGGAUUUUAGCAACAACAAACUGGGAUCUGCUGAAAACAGUCGGGACUGUGUUUGGCAAGAAAAUAUAACUUGGCUUAGCGCUCACCACAAUCCAUUUGUAAGUGAAGCCCUCCGCUGUCUGCCCACCACAGUGCACUACUUGGACUUGUCCUACUGCGACCUGGACCAGCUGGACUUGAUGUACUUUGAGAAAGCCACCAACCUGAAAGAGCUCCUGCUGAGUGGGAAUAAAAUCAAGUUCAUCCCAUUUAAGUGGGAAAGCCCGUCACUGCAGUCACUAGCUUUGGAUGGAAAUUCGUUUGGUCUCAUUAGCAAGGCAUCAUUCCAGGACAUGCCUCAACUGUCUCGCCUCAGGGCAGGGAACAAUCCUUUCCAUUGCACUUGUGAGCUGCAUGCUUUCGUCCAGGACACAUUGUCAAAGAGAAAUGUUAACCUCACAGACUGGCCUUGGAACUACAGGUGUUACCAUCCAGAGGCCUUGCUCAACACAGUCGUAUCCAAAUUCUUUCCAGGUCAAGUGGCCUGUGACACCAGGCUAGUUAUCAUCAUCUGUGUUGUGACUACAGCAGCAGUGAUCUUGUUAUUGACGCUUAUUUGCUAUAUUUUUGACCUCCCGUGGUACACUAAAGCCACAUAUCAGAUCAUCAGGGCCAAAUACAGAUAUCACAAAGAAAAGGCAGCAGGAGAAUCAGGGACUUUCACUUAUCAUGCCUUCAUAUCCUACAGCCACUCGGAUGCAGACUGGGUGAGGGAACAGCUUUUGCCCAGUUUGGAGAACAACAAGAACUCGUAUCGUCUGUGCAUUCAUGAGAGGGACUUCAUGCCAGGAAAGUGGAUCAUCGAUAACAUCAUUGACAACAUUGAAAGCAGUCGUAAGAUAAUAUUUGUCCUCUCCCGGCACUUCGUUAACAGCGAGUGGUGCAACUAUGAGCUGUACUUCACUCAUCAGAGAGCAAUUGGAAAGACCUUCAGUGACGUCAUACUAGUGAUGAUGGAGCCCUUGGACCCCAACUCCUUUCCCAGCAAGUACUGCAAGCUUAAGAAGAUGCUGAGUACCAAGACGUACCUGGAGUGGCCCCAGCAGGUCAACCAGCAGGCGUUUUUCUGGGCGCAGCUGAGAAGUGUCCUGGUCAAGCCAACAAUGACCCGAGAGAGGACGCACAGUGUUCAGAGCAGAACCUCAUCUGUGGGAGGUGUUUCUGUGAUUGGGCCCCCCAUCGUGGAUAGGAGGCCAGAAGUAGAAAAAACUAAUGCGGACAAGGAAGCAGCUCCCAAAAACGAGAUUAAUAAGAGGAACAAUUAUGAGCCGGAAAACCAGAGACAAAUCCCUAUUGUGGCAUUCUGA